AUGUCAGAAAUAUGGUCCGUGGCGAGUUCGGAAUUACAGCAAGCCGCUGAUGAGAAAAUCAACAGUUCUGUGAACGCUCUUCAUCCGAUCUAUUCACAGCUGCACAAGAAAGCGAUCCCGGUGAAUGGGCAACCGGGUCCCUUGACGGUCCACGUAGGAUUCUAUGUGGAAAGCCUCGGCAACUUCCGAUCUACAGAAAUGACAUUCGACAUGGAUGUUUGUAUGUACAUAUAUGAGCUGGCAGGAUAUAAAUCAAUACGAGACAAGAUCUGGCUGCCGGACCUGUAUUUUGCAAACGCUCGUACGGCCUACUUCCAUGAAGUCACUGUGCAUAAUUUCAAUAUGUUUGUCUCAUUCGAGGGCGUUAUUGCGUACCGGGCCAGAGUGACGCUCAACUUAGGAAAGGCAAGGUCUCAGAAUUUCCAAACCGACGACUGA